UAUAUACCACCAAACCCUCCAAGAGAAGCACCUGCACCAGGACUACCUAAAACAUUUACAUCGUCACAUGGACACAGACAUAGGCAUGCACCAAAACCAACACAACAACCAACAGUUCAAAAUCCAGCACCACAACAACAACCAACACAACAACCAACAGUUCAAAAUCCAGCACCACAACAACAACCAACAGUUCAAAAUCCAGCACAACAACAACAACCAAAACCAACAGUUCAAAAUCCAGCACCACAACCAAAACCAGCACAACAACCAGCACAACAACCAGCACAACAACAACCACCUCCACAACCAGCACAGCAACCAACAGUUCAAAACCCUGCACAACAACAACCACAAACAGAGCAAGGACAUAAAAGAAGUAGAGAAAAAGGAAACCAAGAAUUCUUAA